GCCUCGGAAAAAGCAACUCGCGGGGGCAAGUUCUCCCAGUGGGUCUCAAAGCAAGCUGCUGAGGACCAGGUUCCGUCCGUCAGCAGACCAAGUCCUGCACCAAUUGCCCCUGCAUUUGAUGAGCUUGUUCCCGAGAAAGUUAUGGAUGUGAAGCAGCCAUCCAAUGAUGACGACGAGGCCUUUCGGCAGUACAUGGAAAAGUUCGGUGAGAACCGUGAUGGCACAAACGCAGGCUUCAACCGCAAGGCCUUCCCGUGGUUCACGCCCAAGGAGCCAGCAAAAGUCCCCAGUGUUUCGACAGAGGUUCUCGAGGCAGCAAUGGAUUUCAAGCCAAAACCUCGGAUUUCGAAUGCAAAGCUCAGCGAGGUGGACUCAGAG